CUUUGAGAUAUGCUGGGUUUAUAUAUUGUUAGCGAGAUAUCCUUUAAGUUAUGCAAACUCACAGUCCUUUCCCUAAUAUGAACCCAAAUCCUGCUAGAGAAAAAACCACUAUAAUUAAUUCUCUGUGCCUCCCCCGAUUUUAUGCAUGUUGUCCACUCCAGUUGUUUUGUUUUUCCUUUGCAGUUUCUUUUGUUCAGUGUUUCUUUUUUGCUUGUAGGUAGAAUUGAAAUUUUUGAGAAUGCUAAGAACGGCCCCCGAAAUUUCCUUACAGUGUAUCCCAACUAUUUUGGGAUUAAAACUAAUUUAGAUUUAAAUUGAACAGUUAAGGUAUAUAUAUGUGUGUUGGCUUUGUGAUUAAAAUAUCUAUAUUGGAUUUGCUGCCAUUGUGUCCUUCAAUUUUUCAAUAUGUUAAUUUGAAUUGGCAUUUGAUUGAUCAAAUAAGUUUAGUAGGAGCUUUGGUUUGGGUAUUUGGAAGUUGGCAUUGCUUUUUUUGAGGACCUUGCCAAAUUAGAAGCAAGCUCGCUACCCACAAGAACCAUACAUAACCUCUAUGUUUUUUGAGGCCCAAAUGACUUCACCUCUAAGUCUUGGGCUGACACUGCCCAAUCAAUAUUUCAAUCUAAUCCAACAAGAAAAGGGAGGAAUCCUCAGACUCCAGCCAGAGGCAUUGCCUUUUCGAUUCCUGCUACUGAAACAAGCAGCAUGGAGAAAUCGCAGAAACAACCAGCUCAAUGUGUUUCGAUUAGAGUUCUUGUGAAUUCGUGUGUCAAGAUCACAAGAUUGAUUAAGGUUCUUUUGAGUUGAUUGGUAAUGCUGGGUAUCUUGAUUCUAUAUUUGCAGGUUAUGGAGGAUUCAGAAAAGAGGAGGGAAAGAUUGAAAGCGAUGCGCACAAUAGCUGCUCAGGCUGAAGCUUCUAGCUAUGUUGAAACCCCAGCAGUUUCUGGUUUCCUUGCGAAUCCACUCCUGGAGAGCCCUGCUCCUCUGCCUCCACAGGAGUCCCGUGCAACUCCUAGGUUUGAUUUUUACACAGAUCCUAUGGCUGCAUUUUCUGCUAACAAGAAAAGGAGUCAAGCAGGUAACCAGGCUCAACAAGGAUAUGUAACGCCUCCAAGUGAUAGGAAUUCUCCCAUGGCGCGGUUUUCAUCUCCUCAUCCAGGAAUAAGGAACACUGAAAUGACUCCCUCUCCUGCUCAUCAAAUGCAAAGCAAUUAUUCCCCCAGUCAGAGAAUGUAUCAAGCCCAAGGUUCAUAUGAUAGUCCUGCUCACUUCAGGAGUCCGAGAGCCAGUCCUUUUCCCAUGCAUCAAGAAAAUGUAGCUGGCUAUUAUUAUGGAAACCCUCCCAACACUCAUAUAAGAAGUCCAUACCCCAACUGCGGAGGAAACCCAAGCUUUCAACCGGUAGGGAGCCCUGGUUUUUAUUAUGGAGAACGUGGGCCGCCUCAGCAUGGCAACAGUCCAAUCCCUGGCUCAGGACGUGGAGGUGGUUCUCCUUUUUCAGGUAGAGGCCAGGGACAGUGGCAUGGCAGCAGAGCAAACCAAGUUUCUAGCUGGAGUGAUAGGAGAGGGCGUGGUUCACGUUUUCAUGGAACUGCGCGAGAUGAGAAACUGGGGCCAGAGCCUUUUUAUGACAAGUCAAUGGUUGAAGACCCAUGGCAAAAUUUAGAUCCCGUUGUGUGGAGAGGUGUGGACGGUGCAUUGAAUAAUUUGCAUACACCUGGCUCUUCAAAUUCAGUUAGCAUGAAAAAGCAGAGAGUUUCAGAGUCUUCUAACAAGUCCAGUUCUCAACCGAACCUUGCAGAAUACCUUGCUGCCUCAUUUAAUGAAACUGUCAAAGAUGCAGCAGGUGUAUGAUCAAAUGGAAAAAACUCCUACUACAAUUGCACAAGCGAAAUUGAAGCUGAUGGAGAAAUCAGAAUUCAUUGCAUUUGUUUAGAAGUAGGAAUGGACAGUUACCAAGCCCAAGCCAGACAGGCAUCUGCUAGAUCAGAUGACGCCCCUUCACCUGUUUGCUCCUUCGGAUAUCCAUGGAUGCCAUAAGGCACUAAAAGUUUACUUGUAAAGGAAAUCUGCAUACGAAAAUUUAAUCUGGCUUGUUAUGUAGAUUCCAGCAUACGAAAUUUUCCUAGCGUAGCUGGUUGGGUUGUUUCACAAAAUAUGCUUGCAAUUAGAGGAACUCACUCUUGACUGUUGUAUAAAUUUAGUUGCAAUUACACUCAUUGAGGAGGUUCAUUGUGCAA